AUGCGCGGACGGUCAUCUGGACUACAAACCGAGUAACGGCCAUCACAGGACGCGGACGCCGGCACGAUUCCCGGGGAUGCGGCGGUGACGCAGCGCGACUGGGCGGAGUCACGUCACGACAUCCCAGUUUGUCCACAGUGUGACGUUUGAGCAGAAAUGAAGUAAACGAGGAGGAUCGGCGCGCGUGUACGUGCGGAUCUCCACGCAGAGAAGCAGAGGAGACGAGACCCAGCGAGCAGCAGCAGCCGCCGCCGCCGCCGCCGCAUCCCUGAACCACGUCGCGUCAGCUCGGGAGCCAGACGGGCGGAUCCUGCGGACACUGUGACACCACCUGAGGAUCGGGGCAUCUUCCGCUCGCCAGUCUCUCACUGAAGAUGGAGGGAGAGCAGCCGAAACAGGUGACAGGUUACCUCCUGUUCUCAUUGGCCACCGCAGUCAUCGGCUCCCUGCAGUUCGGCUACAACACCGGAGUCAUCAACGCUCCAGAGCAGAAACUGCGAUCUUUCUUCAAUGCUACCUGGAUAGAACGUUAUGGCGAGUCCAUCCGUCCGGGCAUCUGCACCAUCGUGUGGAGCGUCACUGUGGCCAUCUUCAGUGUCGGGGGGAUGGUCGGCUCCUUCAGCGUCGGCGUCAUGGCUAAUCGCUUCGGCAGGCGUCGCUCCAUGUUCCUGGUCAACUCUCUGGCGGUGAUUGGUGGACUCCUGAUGGGCUUCUCCACCAUCUGCUCGUCCUAUGAGAUGGUGAUCGCCGGCCGUCUGGUCAUCGGCCUCUUCUGUGGGCUUUUCACCGGUCUGACCCCGAUGUACGUGGGUGAGGUGUCGCCCACCCCCCUCAGAGGAGCCUUCGGGACCCUGCACCAGCUGGGUGUUGUGGUGGGGAUCCUGAUAGCUCAGAUAUUUGGACUCGAGGGUCUGCUGGGCUCUGACAAGCUGUGGCCCCUGCUGUUGGCUCUCACUGUGGCCCCUGCGGUGGUGCAAUGCAUCCUGCUCCCCUUCUGCCCGGAGAGCCCCCGCUUCCUGCUCAUCAACCUGAAGCAGGAGGAGGAGGCGCGCAAAGCUCUGGUGCGGCUGCGUGGCAGCGAGGAUGUGAGCAAAGAUCUUCAGGAGAUGAAGGAAGAGAGCGCAAAGAUGGCCAUGGAGAAAAAGGUCACCAUCCCGGAACUGUUCCGCUCGGCGUCCUACAGGCAGCCGCUGCUCAUCGCCGUCAUGCUGCAGCUGUCGCAGCAGUUGUCUGGCAUCAACGCUGUCUUCUACUACUCGACGGGGAUCUUUAAAUCAGCCGGCGUCGAGCAGCCGAUCUACGCCACCAUAGGAGCCGGAGUGGUCAACACCAUCUUCACCGUCGUGUCUCUCUUCUUAGUGGAGAAGGCUGGCCGCAGGACGCUCCACCUGCUGGGCCUAAGUGGAAUGGCGGUCAGUGCGCUGCUCAUGAGCAUAUCCCUCCUGCUGAAAUCCAUCCCAGCUAUGAGCUACGUGGCCAUCAUGGCGGUCAUGAUCUUCGUGGCCAUGUUUGAGCUGGGCCCGGGUCCGAUUCCCUGGUUCAUCGUCGCCGAGUUGUUCUCGCAAGGGCCGCGACCUGCUGCCAUGGCUGUGGCCGGCUGCUGCAACUGGACUGCCAACUUCCUGGUCGGAAUUAGCUUCCCGAAGUUGGAGGAAUUGUGCGGCCCCUGGGUCUUCCUCAUCUUCACUGCCUUCCUCAUCAUCUUCUUCAUCUUCACCUUCUUCAAAGUCCCGGAAACGAAAGGAAAAACUUUUGACGAGAUCUCUCGCUGCUUCGGGGGCUCUCCACCGCCGGCGUCCUCGUCCGUAGAGGAUCCUCCCGCCAGCACCAGCGCCACCACUGCCGCCCUCCCUGCCUCCCCCGUGCAGGAGAAGCUCCCCCUGGUGGAGCCACCCACUGUCACCUCGCCCACCCCCACGGAGGCCACAGCUCUCGCUGAGAAACCAGCACCUGCUCAGGAAAGUGUGUAGAGUCUCCAGGUUUCAAAGUUUAACCACCAGAUCUGACACAUAUGUUCAGAGAAGAAUCAAAACGAUUUUUAAGUAUGAGGUCAAACAUUUGUUUUGGCUGAUUUGAAGAAGACCUGUGUCUAAAUAAGCAUUUUAAUCUGUCACACUGAAUAACUUGAUGAAAUUUAGUGAGUCUUUUCUCACUCAAGAUCUUUGUGGGAGAGGGUCAAUAACACAGGCCACAAUGUAAAAGGAUUAACUUUCUGAAAUAAUUUUAAACACGAAUAGAAAUUGGCUUCAAAACAUUCACCCUACAGGACGGGUUUAUGCCAAGUCUUCAUGUGUGCGAGUACCGUUGCACUGCGUUAUGGGACUUGUGGGACGACUUUUCGCUGGCUGCCUGGUAACAGUAGUAGUAUGAAAUUGGUGCUGGUGAAGAGAGGUCAGCACUCCUCCCGGUGCCAUGUGGUCUCUGUCCUUAAGGGUUUUUUUUUUAUUCAGGUUCAAUCGUGUCUUUCGUCUGAAAUGUUCCGCUGACGCUAGCAGGCUAACAAACAUUCCCCAGAUUUGCCUCUACACACAUAGACGUUGGAUAGAUUUGUAUCGCAGCGGUCGUUUUCGUCACGAUAAUCACGGGAACAGACAUAUUCAUUAUUAACUUAGCUCUUAGCUCCUUUGAUGUCAGUGUAGCUGAGCCACCCGCUCUUGCUGUAGACACUGCUAACUAGGCAGCCUUUACAAAAACUAAACAUUUGUGCGGAAAUGCUAUUGUGGACAGUAGAGCCAGUCACAAAUCCAUGCUCCAUAAUUCAGAAUAGUCCACAACAAGAAACAGGAUCAAUAGAUCAUCAUUUAUGGAUCUAUUUAGAGACAUGUGAUAUUUCUAUUCCUCACUACAAAUCUGAACAAUGUACUCUUAGCUUUAGGUAAAUGGAUAUUUAUAAACACUCUCUUAUUUUGGUCAUUUUACUCGAGUGACAUUUUUUUUCCACAUGGUAGCUUAUUUUAAAGUUUAUAUCCUGACAAGUAUAAAUAUACUGAAGGCCAUAAUGGUUGAAAGGGUGGCAGUACGGAGUUGGAGGGCUUGAUGCCUGAACAGAGAGGUCAUAUUUUUAUAGCAUAUUAUAUUUAUUUAAUUCUACAAAUACGCAGAGGAAGCUUGAUUUGAAGUGUAAAGUACAGCUAGCAAAGUAGGCUGCAACGUAUUUAAAACAGAUGAAGAUGUAACCAGGACGCUGCUUGUUUGUCACCACUGUUUUCUGUCAUGUGAUUUGGUUGCAGUCGCUGACUUGACCAGAAGUUUGCACAUUAGUACUCAUGGGUUUCAUUAGGAGGAAGUAGAAUGACUUAAGAAUCAGACUUGUGGUCUCCAGAAAUAAUAGUGUAGCCUACAAUAUGUUAUCUUAAACACUUUAACAGAGCAGUCCCACUCACAGUCACUUCCUGUUUUGAUAUUUAGUAUCAGAUGUUUUCCAAAGAGUGAAGAUAGUAAGUGUGAUUCACGAUAACUCAGAAAUGAUAAUGUCGCACCCUAACCUGAAGAGGGUUUGACUUACGAGGGUUAUGUUUUUCAUAACACAAGCAGACAGUCAGCUUAGUGCUCUGAAGAAUCUCAAUCCUCCAGUUAGUCUGAAGUGUUUCCGACGUGUCUCAGUGGUGUGUUUUUUGAGGCGUCAAGGCGAAGUGCAAAUAUUAUAAACAUCAGACAGAUACACGUUUUAUGUUGCGAACUGGUCAUUUUUUGGCAUGCAACAUUAUUAUUAUUAUUAUUAUUAUUAUUAUUAUUAUUAUUAUUAUUAUUAUGUCAAAGGGACUGAGAACAUCAAGGAACUAAACCAAAUUCUAGAUUCUAGAAUAUAUAUUGCUAUGUAUAUAUACAUGUUUAGUUAGUACUUUUACCCACACUGCACUUUCAGAGUAUUGAAAUAUAUAUAUAAAUAUUUUAUUUUAUGGCAUCAUAGAGAAAAAAUAUUUUAAUUUAUGGAGAGUUUUAUUCAAUUGCUGAUGACUAGUCACUGGUGUAUCAUUUUCAAUCAGAGAGCGCCACCUACUGACCCGUGAGGCAUCAUGAUGCUUCAUCAGUCCCUCACUAGUUGCAACAGUGGGAGGGCGAGUUGAGGGUUGGGUAUGUGGAUAUUGUAGUGACGUACAAUGUUACCACUGGAGAUGUAUAUUUAGGUGUAAGCUACAUUGUUGUUGAUAUUUUAAAUGAUUUCUGGAGUUAAAUAUACAAUCCUGUCUUUUAUCCUUCAGUAAAUUCCACUCUCUAGAUUUCAGGAUAUUGUUUCAAGGCUCCAGACGCGAAACAAUGUCCGGGUUUUAAGUGCAAUACUGCAGUCACCCGACUUCCCAUGGUUAAGAAUUCUCCUCAGCUGUUACUCUUUGUAUACUUAUGUAACGUUGCUAUGAGUAGCAAAAUGACUUUCACACUCUAGAUAUAAAUAUUCCUGAAUUGUACAUGCUCCACGGACAGACAAAACUCCAUGAAUAACGAACAUAUUUUCACUAAUUUUCAAGUUGUUUGUGAAGUCAUUGAAGGUUUCCAAAUGAAGCACCAUGUUCACAAGUGUUCAGUUCAUGUUCUUUUUCGCUUAUUUUCUCUUUUCACUUGACUCACAAAGAGGCUACUAACAGUUCAUUUUCAUGAUAUCGCUUCUCUUGUUGUUUGCCAAAGGAGUCAGCUGUUUUAAAUGAUAAGUUUGGGGCGCCGCAGCGACGGAUUCAUGUGAACACUUGGUGUCAUAUUGCUGUACUGUUUGGAAGCCAAACUGUAGUUGUGUGGUUGUAACCUCGCCCUCACGAAUCGCUCCACCACUUUGUGCUUUUUCUCUGUGUGCCUAAUCGAUUGCACUCAGCGAUGUUGGUACGGUUUUGUUUUGUGUAUUGAUGGGUUUCAUUGUGUCGCCAGAGUGACUGCUGCCACAAAUAGUGUUGAUUGAUGUUGAUAUGUGUAUUAUUUUUUUUUACACUGCAAAUUAUUCAUGAGACCGAAAGGUGAAUUUUGGGAAGUCGUGAAAACUGCUGUGGAACAAGAAUCUCUCGUAGGUACCGUGAUCUUUGUCCUUUUCUUUAGCGUUUUCGGUCUUAAUAGGUGUGUUCAGUGUUGAGAUCAGUGCAGUGACUGUCCUAGUGAGCCUGUUGGUGACUGUCGUGCUUUCAUCUGGCCAGAUCACGCUUCAUAGCUCUAGAAUCUGUUUGCUUGAACGCCGACUGUGUUUCUGGGACGUGAGCAGAGACGGUGAGUUUUGGAUCUACACAUUCAGCUCUUGAUUGAAGACGACCAGUUCUGUGCGUAAAUGAUUCACCUGAACACUUUUUAUUUGAGUUGUGGUUUGCUUGUACACGUCUGGUAAAUGUUGUUCAUUAAAAUAUAAAUUCUGUUA